CCCACACACGUCCCCGCGGCGGCACGGGCCACCUUCUGCGGAGCCUCGGGGGCUUCACCGCCGUCGCACGUCCGCCGGCUGCGCUCUGCGGCCCCGCAGUAAGCCCCAUCCGGUGAAGAGCCGCGGUCUGGUCACCCCAGUCCUGCCAGGUCCCGCUGCGAGGGGAGGCGGAGGGACUCGCUCAGCAAACCAGACGGCCGCUCCAGUUUCUCUAACUGGGGUUGGGGCCGGGUCACCCUUCCCCAGAGCUCGGCCGCGGGGGAGCGAAGGGACUUCUGAGGACUGCAUAGGGCGCCUCCCGGGACCCACAGCUUGGCUCGCCCGGCCCCUUUUGAACAUCAGCUGAGGCUGGACUCGGAGGAGAUCUCUCUGUGGGGCGCGGAUGAGUUCUUCCACGAGGACCAGCUGCGGCCGGGCUGCAGCCGCUCUCCGGUUGCUGAUCCCACAGAAAUGGUGCUUGCCCCAUGGCCUGAGUGGGCAUGACCCGGCUUAGCGAAGACUGCAAACUCUAAGCUUUUCCGAAUCAAAUGCCCCUCCCUGCCCAGACUGUCUGUGCCGAGAAAGUGAAAAUGGCAGACAAUUUUUCGCUCCAUGAUGCCUUAUCUGGGUCUGGAAACCCAAACCCUCAAGGAUGGCCUGGCCAAUGGGGGAACCAGCCUGCUGGGGCAGGGGGCUACCCAGGGGCCUCCUAUCCUGGGGCCUACCCCGGGCAGGCACCCCCAGGGGUUUAUCCUGGACAGGCACCUCCAGGCGCCUACCCUGGAGCACCUGGAGCUUAUUCCGGAGCAUCUGGAGUCUACCCAGGGCCACCCAGUGGCGCUGGGGCCUACCCAUCUCCUGGACAGCCAAGUGCUCCUGGAGCCUACCCUGCCACUGGGCCCUAUGGCGCCCCUGCUGGGCCACUGUCUGUGCCUUAUAACCUGCCUUUGCCUGGAGGAGUGGUGCCUCGCAUGCUGAUAACAAUUCUGGGCACGGUGAAGCCUAAUGCAAACAGAAUUGCUUUAGAUUUCAAGAGAAGGAAUGAUGUUGCCUUCCACUUUAACCCACGCUUCAAUGAGAACAACAGGAGAGUCAUUGUUUGCAAUACAAAGCUGGAUAAUAACUGGGGAAGGGAAGAAAGACAGUCGGUUUUCCCAUUUGAAAGUGGGAAACCAUUCAAAAUACAAGUACUGGUUGAAUCUGACCACUUCAAGGUUGCGGUGAAUGAUGCUCACUUGUUGCAGUACAAUCAUCGGGUUAAACAGCUCAAUGAAAUCAGCCAACUGGGAAUUUCUGGUGACAUAGACCUCACCAACGCUUCAUACACCAUGAUAUAAUCUGAAAGGGGCAGACUAAAAAAAAAAUCUAAACCUUACAUGUGUAAAGGCUUUAUGUUCACUGUGAGUGAAAAUUUUUACAUUCAUCAAUAUCCUUCUUGUAAGUCAUCUACUUAAUAAAUAUUAUAGUGAAUUACCUGUC